UUCUACCGCGCGAGGACCCGUCGAUUUCCAUGUAAACAAAAUUUGACACAUUGGAUUUCCCUGUGUAAUUAACAGAUUAACGCAUAUAGGUUUUGCGUAUUUUCUUUUUUUUCAUCGCUCUUGAUACAGGUUAUAUAAUAUUUAAAUGAGCGCGUUAUUGUAUGCCGACAGUUUGCUGGAUCAGAAACAAGAAAAUAAUUUAGAAAAUGACAUAACUUUGAAGAAAACCUUGUCCAACUGUGACAUGGACGAAGGCAUAGAAUGUAGUUACUCCCAGAUUUUUGAAAUUGACGAAGACAAAGUUCAAACCACACCGGAAGUCGUCUGUGUAAGCUCCUCGCUAUGCGACUCCGGCUUCACAGAAUCUAUCAACGAAAAAUUAAACCUACAUUGCCUCGAAUGCGUCCUAGAGGUACCGACGAAAAAAACCCACACAGGGGGAACCAUCCAGUGCACGUGCUCGAACCAAGAGCAUGAUGGAUUCGAAGAUUAUGUCAGCGAAAUAUAUUUACACAGAUUAGGUCUGGAGGAAAAGUAUCACGUGCCGGCAUGUCUUGAUAAUCAACCAGAGGUGUCCACGGGGGUACGAAGGGUUUUAAUUCAGUGGCUCACGUCUGUUCAUCAUUGUUUGAAGCUAUGUCAGGACACACUCUACCUUGCUGUAAACAUCAUAGACCGCGUGCUGGAUGUGAUGCAGGUGUCACGUGACUGCCUCGAGUUACUUGGUAUCACGUGCUUACUUGUUGCUAGUAAACAGAAUGAGAUUUGUCCACCGGAAAUCCACGAGUUGCUAGAGAAAUGUGAGGACACUUUCACGCGAGAACAGGUGAAACAGCUCGAGAUGAUAGUUCUCAUGGCAACCAGUUUUGACCUGUUAGCACCGACAGUUCAACAGUUCCUUGAGUACUUCGCGUCAUUCUGCCUCGCCAUUUAUGCCGGCGACGAAGAACAGACUUAUAGGUUAAAAAUGGCACGUGCUGUGGGCCGGUGUUUAUUAGAGCUAACGCUGCAAGAUUACGAAUUCUGUCAGUUUCGACCCUCCCUCCUCGCUCUGUGCGUAUGGAAAGGUAGUGUGGAACUCCUGAAAACGUACGAUGGCAAUUUUGUACCCCCUGGAAUGACCAUAGUAAAACAACACUACGAUUUAUGUCUCGCCGAAGUAAACUUGUUUAUUGAUAAUUUCCGACAACAGUGCCCGGAUAUAACAUCCGUCUGCGAAAAAUACGCUGAUCUCUACGGACAGAAGAUGUAAAACUGACAAGUCCGUAGAAAAAAAACAGUACAAAAACACGUGUAUAAAGAU